CCAGCGGUUCCGUUGCCUACGUCACCACAUUUCAUCGAGUGAGAUGUGACGUGGUGUGAAACUUGGUGGUCUCCAGAAACAGCGUCAGACGCAGGUGCAAAAUGAGGGAAGCGGCUAUCCUGCUCGCAUCGUCCGUGUUUCUGUGUCUCCUCCUGGGCCUCAGCCAAGCAGCCAGACAGGGGCAGGACAUCCGAUGUGGAGCCUGCCGGGCUCUGGUGGAUGAGAUGGAGUGGGCCAUUUCACAGGUAGACCCAAAGAAGAUGAUCCAGACAGGAUCAUUCAGGAUCAACCCGGACGGCAGCCAGUCCAUAAGAGAGGUCCCUCUAGCCCGCUCCGAGGGAAACCUCCUGGAGCUGAUGGAGAACGUGUGUGAGAGGAUGGAGGACUAUGGCGAGCACACGGAUUCUUCAACCAACAGGAAGUCCUACAUUAGGAUCAAGUCUCGGAGUGGUGAGCCCAUGGACCUCUCAGAAGCCUCGCUGGAUUCAAGAGUUUCAUCCAGUUUAAAGUUCGCAUGUGAGACAAUCGCUGAGCAGAAUGAAGAUGAAAUCAUUGAAUUCUUCGCUCAUGAGACAGAAAAUGUUAAAGACAAACUCUGCAGCAAGAGAACAGAUCUCUGCGAUCAUGCUCUGAAAAUGGCCCAUGACGAACUUUGAUGUCACUUCGCCAUUACUGCCGUCUCUCCUCAGCUGAAAUAGAGACACUGGGUGCUGUGAUGUUUUCAGUGGUCACUGGUUCACACAUUGGCAGUGACAUGGCAGGACAAGAUGUGUUCAAAUCCUUAAAAUCUGUAAAAUAUUAGAACAUCCACAUUAAAACAUAAAGGGUUUUUCCUGUAACCAUAGAGAAUUCAAGGACCGCUUAGACAAUUUUUUACCCACAUCUCUUUUGGACCAUAGACGACACCUAUCCACUUCCUCCCAGUAUCCAGAAAUGAGGCCAAAAUAUCCAAGAACAAUGCUGCUAUACUGCACCGAUGACAUCAUUAGUGGUCUACGUAGUUGCAGUCAUGGAAUGGAGUCACGGUUGUAAGGUCCUGCCGAUACAUGCUCGCAAAAUAUUGCAAGUCGGUCUCACCCUGUUUUCAUCGCAUCAAAGAGCUAACUUAAACCAAACUUACUGAAAAAUGUAAAUUUUUACAAACCACCAUAACUUAAAAUGACAGAAACCAUCUUUCGAUUUGACGAUUUGUCUUCACAUUUGAGCUGUCAUGUCGUCUAUCUUUAUGUACAGUCUAUACCUUGGGCUCCCGUCAAGUGCUCAUAUGCUUUAAGUUAUUACAAUACAAAUCUCUGUUCCUCGCAUGGAGGCUCUCGUCACGUCUUCACUCGAUAAAACAUGAUUUUUAAGACAUGUACAUAGAAAAUAGGUUUAAAAUGGUCGAGUGGUCCUUAAUUCCAUAUUCAUGCACACUGAAAAAAUGUUUUUGAUGCUGAUAGUCACUGAAAACACAAGUGUCGUAUGAGUCAAGAAAGAAAAAAAUUAAGAGCACAAAUAAUAAAGUUUAUGAUUAAAGAUUUUUGUUUAACUGUUCUGCAGAUGAGAGAUUGAGCCUUUAUUGGAGAACUAAUAUUUCCCAGGUUUGGCACUUGUAAAAUGGCCGAAUCUUUGUUAUUCAUUAGAAGAACCUCAGUGUUAAUGAUGUUGUGAAAUGAGCUAUCAAUUAACUGAUCAUAUAUUUUCAAAUAGAGAAAUUGGCUACUGAAGAUUAACUGAAAGUUUUAAGAGUACUGAAAAAAAAGUACUGAAAAACUGUGGGGAUAAAUCUGUCUGUCUCAUGUUGCCCUUUAAAUCGUAAGAACCAUUUAAACAAAAUGGUCAUCCGUAGCUUCUGAAGAUGAAAUGAUUUCCUAUUUUCUCUUAACCAGCUUGUAUUAUGAUACUUAAUGGGUUUCUUUUUACUUCUGACCAACCAAUGUUAAGAUUUCUUUAGUGUAGUAAACUCUAUUGUUAUUUAAGUAGUGGUUAAUCAUAUACAAUCUGAUCAUCAGUUCAUUAUUAAGUAUCAUUCUGUACUCUCAAUGUAGAAAGAGCCGGAGUAAUAUUUGGUAUCGUUAAUUUCCCAGUGUUUGAUAAAAUGAACUUGCUGUGUCAUGAAAUUUCUCUUGAAAUUUCAUUUUUUUUAUAAAUAAAUUUUGUACAUUUUCUGCA